AUGUCUUUUCCGAAUCCCACGUCAGGCGAAGACAUCGCCGUGGUGAAUGCCAGCGCAUUCGAACGCCUCUACUGGCUCAUCCUAGACCCAGAAGGCAUAUCAAAUAUUCGUGUCGCCGAGAAAGAGAACGAUACGUCUUCAAGUUCUAGAGCCUCUUUUACCAACCACCCGCUCGCCCUCGAACCAGCAACCGUUACAAACGCCUCUAAAAUCUUCGUAACAGCAGAAUGUCUCGCUUGUAAAGAGGGCGAAUGGAACGACGGUUUCGAAGGACAGCCAGAAGGUGUCGAGAGACUAGAAGACGCAUGGGACUAUUUCGUCAUCGAAACCACUGAUGGUAGCCCUGUACUCGUCCGCGAUGUGGUCGCCCAAGUCCAUGCAUGGGCUGCCAAUCCUUUCAUUGGGGAUAAGAUUCGCGAAGGCAUGGCUUGGAUGUACAACGCCUCGUUUGAGCGUGGUGAAGAUGGAUGGUGCUCAAUAGGCACUGGCAGCGAGGACGAUGUACUCGAGGUGCCAGAAGGUACUAAGAUAUUCUUUGAAAGCUUUUUCGAACAUGGCCCUGAUCAGGAUACUGGUGUUCCUGUUGUCGCGAUAGAGUUCUGGGUGGAAGGCGCAUCGCGCUUCCGAAUCACCAGCAACAGUCCUUUAGCUUUUCAAAUGGAAACAAUUAUCGCAUGCGUUGAGUCGGUGCUCACUUAUCUUGUCGGGCCGCCGCCACAGCGCCCGGUUACCCAGCGGACAAUACCACCAAACAACGUCUACGGAGUACCGACACCAAGUGAAGCAAGCACAGCGCCGGAUGAUAUAGAGACAUGGUACUGUGACUUUUGGGAGAAAGCUUACGCCGUUCCGCACAAGGACGGAAACAAUAUCGUCAUCUACGAACCGAAAGAGACAGAUAGCGAUGCCGGUAAUGGGGUGAUUGUUGAGAGACUCAAUCCAGGGCCACACUGGGGUGAUCUUCCCGUCAUGACUACACCUGUACAAGAGACGCCUUCCAGAGAGGAUAAGAUCAUGCUGGCCUUGUACUAUCGUUGGGCCUUGCAAGCACUGUCUGCCCUCAACUUUUUCCACUCUCGCUCUGUGUAUCUGACAUUCUUCUCGUCUAGAAAUGUAUGGCUACGAUCCGACUUUUCGCUUGCUAUUACAGGUUUCAUCAGCGUUGAAGGACCCGAGCUCGAUGCCGAUGCGCUGAGAGACGCUUGGAAGCAGUCGAAGCGAGAUGAGAGACAGGAGCGAGAUUAUCAGGCAUUCGUUGCUGGUAGAACACAAGAGCCAGAGCCCUCUGAUGAAGAGAGUGAUGAAGAUAGCGAAGAGAUUCCAGAGGGGUUCUCCGAAUCUUGGAGUGAAGGAGAAUGGGCGGGGGAUGGCAACGCUUUGUUCUACGAUGAUUACUUCAAUAUCACGUAUCCUCGAGAAGGUGGAUAUCAUCGCAAACCUUUGUUUUACUGGGCUAGCUUUGUCUGGGAGCUCAUGACUAACGGUCUCACAGCCGAAGCGCCUUGGAAACGUGACGCAGAGUUCUCCUCACCUGGAGGGCGCCCGACGGAAGAAGCGGCAGAUUGGCGCGACCAGCUCCAAGUGUUAGAACAGGCUAGGCUUGGAAGUGUGUUGCUUAAAGCCUGGAAGGGCGAAUACGAAAGUGCGGAGCAAGCUGCCGAAGAUAUCAGAAAGAUCGCCGAAGAAGUAGGCAUCAAUGUCGUCAGCAGUACGGUGGAAGUAUGCGACAAUUGGAUGAAGCUGUUCAAGGAUGAAGUUGAUAUUGGCGAGCCUUGGGAAAAUAUUUUCGAGCUGGAUGAAGCGCAAAAGAAGUGGGGAACUCGGACGCUCAGAUUCAAGCGGUAA